GCUGAUUCACUGUCACACACUUAACUGGACAUUGGCACAGAAUAAAAAUCGAAUCAUUAGAAAAAGUUGGGCUGCAGCAGUCUCAACAAAUUUGAGAAAGUGAGUUGUGAUCAAUCGAUUGUUCGUCAAGAAGAAUUAAUAGCAGUGCUUAAAGCUAAUAUGAGUCUUAGCAAAAACUGAACGGACAGCGUAUCCUUUGUGCUUCUAUCAUAUCUCCAAACUGUCCCGUCUUCGAUACGUCGUUUGCAUAUUUUAAAAGCAGUGUGAGGGGCGUUAUUCCUUCCAAGCAACGACAACAACACAAAGUAGGCAGCGAUUUAUAAUACUUGUACAACUGCUGUGUAUUAAGAUACGCAGAUAUUAAUAGAUUCGACGCAUUGUGCGACGGAAUAUGCCUUGAAGCAAUGUGUAAGCACAGUUGGACCAAAUAGUGCUCAAAAUUAAAGUGGAAAGCUAUUGAGAAUCAACGGUCGAGAAAUUUAUGUUGCUGGCGUAGUGUAUUUCGUGACAGUAAGAAAACUCACAGAAAACUGUUUUGAAGUGGUAAAAUUAUGGCCGGCAAUAAAUCUUUGAUGUUUGUGCCAUUGUUUAUGUGCAUGUUAACGUUUGUGUCAUCCGCGUCCAGUAGGCAUCACACGGGUCGGUCGAGCUAUGAGCCGCACUUGGAUCUCAUUCCUGGAAAGGAGACUUUUCAAGGAAAUCAUAUUUUCUACUACAUGUACAACAUUACCAAUCCUGACGAAUUUGAGGCUGGAUUGGAAAAACCCAUGUUUCAAGAAAUUGGACCCUACUGCUUCAAGGAAACGAGGCGAAAAUAUGACGUGAAGAAGAUCUCAGAAUCCGCGAUGAGUUACAAUCUGGAUCGAUAUUGGGAAUUCGUACCUGAACUGUCUGAAGGGCACAAGGAAACCGACGAGUUCAACAUUAUUAACAUCCCGAUGAUUAUCUUGGCAAAUAAAUUGUCCGCUAAACGCCUCCCGAAAGCAUUCAACGAUAUUUUAGUGGAGGAAUUGUCCGAGAAAGGAGAGACCUUGGUCCGUCGAAGCGAAGAGCUUGGGAACAUCAUCUACUACGGAAUGAAUGUCAGCAUCUAUACGGAAAUACUCUCGGACGUUCUUCAAGGAAAUGUGCCCCCAGAAUUUUCUGACGGCAUCUUCGCCCUCUUGAAAGGGAAAAAUGGGUCCUCCGAGGGCACCUUCACUGUGCGGUCCAAAGGGAAGGAAAUGGGCGACAUUCUGACAUUCAACAAUAAAACCAAGUUGGAAUACUGGGGUGGCGACUUUUGUAACAAAAUUGAUGGCACGGACGGCUACUUUUUCAGGCCUGGAGUCAAUGAAAAGUCGACUUUGAAAAUAUUCUAUCCCGAACUCUGUCGCUCCGUGUACCUCAAGUGGACGGGGGAGAAAAAGGUGGAUGGGAUCAAAGUGGGCAAAUUCAUGUUUCCUGAGGACAUGUUGGAAGACUCGGAGGUGAAGAGUGAAAACCAGUGCUUUUGUUCCAAACCCAUCGCACCAACGAACAAUACCAGGGAAGGAUGCUUAAAAAAGGGCUUUGUUGACUACGCCGGUUGCAAACAAGAAUCUCCAUUAUUGGUGUCAUAUCCACAUUUUCUUUAUGCUGACGACGAGUAUCGGGAAAAAUUGGUUGGAAUGAAACCUCGCCCUGAAAAACACGAGUCAGAGUUUUUAGUCGAACCCACGACAGGAACGAUUGUGUCCGGAGUGAGAAAAUUCCAGUUCAAUGUCAAACUUCGACCGUUGGACAAUGUGGAAUUAUUUCGCAACACGACUUUCAUGAUUGUCCCUGUUUUCAUCACUGAACGGAGGAUGAUUGUUGAUGAUGGUGCAAUUGAUAAACUUAAACAAGAUCUCAAGAAGCUGUCCGAGGAGGACGAGAAGCCCGUCAUCAAGGAAUUGGAUCUGGCCCAAAACCAUGAAGAAAAAAAACACGAGGACCAAGAUUCGAACGUCCAGUCUGACCAGCCGCCCAGCGAAGAAUCAGCAGCCGCAGAACCGGAACCAGAACCAGAAUCCAACGCAGAUAAUGAAAUUGAUACCAGCAAUGAGUCUAAAUUUAAAUCUCAAAGUGUUACCAAAAACAGGGGAUCGUCAUCUAGUUUUAAUUAUGACAUGUUCCCACUCCUAGUUUCCUCCUUAUUUGCUAUUUGUAUCCGUUUAAACGUAUAGUAAAAUAUUAGAAGUUUUAGUGUUUUUAAAAAUAUUGCUCUUAACCUGUACAUAUCCUGUUUUUUAUAAAUGUCCGUAUGUACAUAUGUAAUAUAUGUUUAAGACUACAUAAGAAUAAUAUAGUGUAGCGAGUAAUUAAUGCCAUUCUUCUUAUUGCGCUUAUCAUGCAUGUAUCUUAAAGUUGGGAUUAAAGAACCAUUGACUACAAUACAA